AUGGAGGACGCAAGAAUGAAGGGGUCCAAAAAGAAAUGCACAGAGUACCAUGAGGUCUACUCCGAAAUAGCCGCUGUGACAUCAACUGCCGACAUUGAUAGUUCAUAUAAGGCAUUUUCCGAUGUCUCCGCCGUAGACGGCAACACGUUAUUAUCAUCCAGCAGACAUGUCCCUCCUCAUUAUCCAACCCCGACCAGGCGGCGACAUCGUACAACCUUUACUCAAGAACAGCUGGAGCAUUUGGAAACAGCUUUCAACAAGAACCACUAUCCAGAUAUUUACUGUAGAGAGGAACUGGCAAAGAUCACCAAGCUGAACGAGGCGAGGAUACAGGUGUGGUUUCAAAACCGGAGGGCGAAGCAUCGCAAACAUGAAAGAACAAACCAGAAGUCCGUGGCAGCAGGUGGCAUGAUCGCCUGCAGCAACCUCAUCCCAGGCGUGUGUUCCAUGUCGCCCGCAUCACGCCAGUACCAGUACCCACACACGCUAAACCACAUUCCUCGGUUCACAUCCAUGGCCCCUGUAAGUUACCAGCCCCCAUCCACCGUGGGCCAAUUCAUGUGUUCCAGCACGCACUCACACCUGCCAUCUGCCACUCCUCCGUCUCGCCAGCAUGAAGACUGGUACAAUCCGCUUCGAUCCAUCAACUCCUCUGGCGCUGGGUUAUCUUCUUCCAUGAUAACCCUAACACCCAUGGCUGCGUUAGAUCCACCCAGUCACUGGAGUUAGACUUGCCAUUCAUUGCAAUGUAAAGUCAGCUUGUGGCCAGCUCAGUGGGGACUCAA